GCACACAGCAGCUGGCCGUGGGCACCACGCUGAUCACCCACGAUGUCGAGUUGGACACAGUUCUGACAGGCGACGCAGAUGCUUCGAUAACGCGGCUACCGGAGCCCGCCAACAUACAGGCCUUCACCGGAGACAGGAAAGCACUUGGGCUGGCGAUGAGGCCGUUGGAGAUGUUCCCCAUCGUGGCGAUGGAGCUGCCGAUGCACGAAGUGCUCUUCGAUGCUUCAACUUGGCAGCAGUGGGAUGCUAUGGAGGCUGCAAGCAAAGAAGCCUAUCGAUGCGAUAAAGAGGAGGAACCUCCGGAGGUCUUGCCGUCCCACCGGAAGCUCACGGCCGAGAUGUUGUCGAAUCCCCGAUGGUUUCCAUGGGAAUCCCUCGUGGGGAUUCCACACUCCGACGUGGCCGCUGUCUUGGCGCUUCAGGCUUCAGCCCUCCUGAUCGCUGAUGGCUUCUGCUGGCUGGCCGCAGUGCUUCUACUGCAAAAUGGUGAGCUGCUGGCCACCACAGUCUUCGUGAACGAGGCUUGCCAUGUGCUCCAGUACGAAAGCAUGGUGAUUUCGGCCAGUCUGCGGGCAAAGUCUUGGGAG